AUGUUCCGGACAGAGCACGUGAGGAGUUACAAGGCUGAUGUUGAGUACCAGGGAGGGGACAAUCCUGGGAAAAAGGUGAAGUCGGGAGAUAUGAUAACGUUUGGGAAGGUGCAGAGCAAGAUUGGAUGUGUUGACAAUUUGGAGGAGGAUGGGUUCCAAUUUGGAGAGGACAAUCCCGGGAGAAAGGUGAAGUCGGGAGAUAUGAUAACGUUUGGGAAGGUGCAAAGCAAGAUUGGGCGUGUGGACAAUUUGGAGGAGGAUGGGUUCCAAUUUGUAGGCAGGAGGAUUCUAUAUAGAUGA